AUGAGCAAGGCAAUAACACCAAUCCUGUUACUCCUAUUCACAUUGCUCUCUCAUACCACCCCUUCUCUCUCAGAAAGAUGCCACCCAGAAGACAAAAAAGCCCUUCUCCAAAUCAAAGAAGAACUCAACAACCCAACCCUUCUCUCCUCAUGGAAACCAGAUGCUGAUUGUUGCCACCUAAGCUGGUACGGUGUCGGUUGCUAUGCUGAUCAUAACCGUGUUGACUCUUUGACUAUACAACACAGCGACGACAUUGUAGCCCAAUUUCCACCUUCCAUUGGGAACUUACCAUACUUAGAGUCUCUAUACAUUUCGAGUUUUCCAUAUCUCACUGGCCCAAUACCUCAAUCCGUAUCGAAACUCACCAAUCUCAAAUUUGUCACAAUUACCUUUACCAACGUAUCAGGCCCAGUACCCAAUUUCUGGCCCUCUAGUAAAGGCCUCGUUAAUUUGGAUCUCUCGUUCAAUAGCUUUUCUGGAACACUCCCUCCCUCACUCAACAAGUUCCUGAAUCUCUCAUGGAUCUACUUUAACGACAACAAGUUAACAGGACCAAUCCCUUAUUCGUAUGGGUUCUUCAAUGACAAAAACCCACCCGAUUUAUAUUUCUCUAACAACCAACUCUCGGGGUCACUCCCACUGUCCUUGGCAAGGUUAAACUCGUCCCUUUUUGACUUUUCUAAUAACAGGUUUAAAGGUGAUGCUUCCAUGCUUUUUGGUUCCAACAAAGCGACAACGUCAAUAGAUCUUUCACGGAACAUGUUUUCUUUCGAUUUUGGAAAAGUGGAGUUGUCUAAGACAAUGAUAUCCUUAUAUGUGAACAACAAUCAGAUAUACGGAAACCUACCCGUGGGAAUAGAAAAUAUUUUCUCAUUGAACGUGAGCUACAAUAGGUUGUGCGGUGAGAUUCCGAAGGGUGGUUAUAUGAAGAGAUUUCAUGUGUCUACGUUCUUUCAUAACAAGUGCUUGUGUGGGUCUCCACUUCCACCUUGCAAGUAA